UGUACUAACAUAGAAGCCAGGCCUGCAAUAUGGCGACCCACGGAGAAAACAUUUCUCCAACUGUGCCAUAAAAACACCCCAAUGACACGCGAAUUUUGCGAAUAAGAAUUAUUUUGCACAAAUGCCUAUUUCCAGUAUGGCUAGUCUACGUUCACCAGUGCAUGCAGUGACGAAACUGGGAGCAAAAAGGGCGAUGUUUAUCCAUACAUUUUGUUGGGCUCGCGUGAUUUCUCCUUGUUGUGGUUGGGUUAUUUCGAAUGGCCGCAGCCAGAAAAGAGGUUAUAGCACAAAGCUUGAAGGAAGGACUGUUAGAAUCGGUUGUGCGUCUGGAUUCUGGGGGGAUUCUGCAACUGCAGCACCCCAGCUGGUCAAAGGAGGCAAUGUUGAUUAUCUAAUGUUCGAUUACUUGUCUGAGAUUACGAUGUCUCUGCUGACAGCAGCCAAGCGAAAGUCUCCUAAUUUGGGCUACACGCCAGACUUUGUGGAGGUUGCAGUGAAACCCCUCAUCAGAGAAGUGAAAAUGAGAGGAAUUCGACUGAUCAGUAACGCGGGUGGGGUCAACCCCCUAGCCUGUGCUAAAGCUGUCGAAGAGGCAGCAGAAGAGGCUGGUGUUGACGUGAAAAUUGCUGUUGUCAUGGGUGAUGACAUGAUGGACAGGGUUGAUGAAAUUAGCCAAUCACAGAUCUCUGAAAUUGACAGUGGCAAAGAAUUCCCAUCACAGGUCGUCAGCAUGAAUGCAUACUUGGGGGCCGAACCUAUUGCAAAGGCACUGGGAUAUGGCGCUGACAUUGUUAUCACAGGACGUUGUGUAGACAGCGCAUUAGCCCUUGGCCCCUUGAUGCAUGAGUUUGGCUGGAAACCAAAUGAGUAUGACCUACUUGCAGCUGGGAGCCUGGCUGGACACUUGAUUGAGUGUGGUGCACAAGCCACUGGUGGAAUAUUCACUGAUUGGCAAGUCGUGGCUGACUGGGAGAAUAUUGGCUAUCCAAUAGCAGAAUGCUCAUCAGACGGGAGGUUCAUAAUCUGCAAGCCCCCAAAUACUGGUGGACUGGUGUCCCCUUCAACGGUGGCAGAACAGCUAAUCUAUGAGAUUGGGGACCCCUGCAUGUACAUUUUACCCGAUGUGGUCUGUGACUUUUCUAACGUGACGGUACAAGGUGUGUUAGUGGACUAUUCUGGUGAACCAGGCUAUGACGGGGGAGGAGUGCUGGUGCAAGGUGCUGUCGGACAGAGGGCCACAGAUAAUUACAAGGUUUGUGCAACAUAUGCCGAUGGUUUUCGUUCGACUGCUGUAUGCCCUGUAGGGGGUCCAUUUGCCUCGAUGAAGGCAAGAAAAGUUGGAGAAACAAUCUUAAAACGGACACGGCGUAUGUUUAAAGAGCUUGGGCUGAAAGAUUACACACGGACUCAUAUUCAGGUGCUGGGCUCAGAGCAGACAUAUGGAAAACAUGCCUCCCCUGGAAUCAUGAAUGCUGGUCCCAGAGAGGCAGUUCUGUGGCUGGCUGUUCAUCAUCACCAGAAGCAAGCUCUAAGCAUUUUUGCAAGAGAGAUUGCAUCGGCAGGAACAAGCAUGGCUCCAGGCUUUACUACAAUAGUAGGGGGUAGGCCGAAGGCGUCGCCACUACUGAGACUUUACUCGUUCUUGUAUCCGAAGGAUAAACUUAAGACUGAUAUUUAUAUAAACGGCGAACAUGUGGAGACUAUGACGUCAUCAGCGCCAGCCGAGAAGCAUGGCACGACCGUGACGAAGGAACCCAGAACGCACACAGCCCCUGGCAGAAUACGCAUGCCAAAAGGUCGCUGCACUUUCCCCUUGAGCUCCCUGGCGGUCACGCGGAGUGGCGACAAGGGCAACAGUGUCAAUAUAGGUGUGAUUGCCAGGCAUCCAUCGUAUGUGCCUUUCUUGCGAAGCGCCCUGACAGAGGAAGCAGUCGAGGAGUACUUUAAACAUCUCUUUGAGACCAAACCACAGAAAGGCCAUUGUCGUGUGAAAAGAUACGAGUUACCUGGCAUCAACGCGUUCAACUUCAUCCUGGAAGACUCCCUUGGGGGAGGGGGUGUGGCAUCCCUGCGCAGUGACCCUCAGGGCAAAGCACUCGGCCAGAUGUUGCUUGAUUUCAAGAUCAAGAACGUGCCCGACAUUCUCCCUUCUGUCAUUGAGCCCACGUUGUAAGGCAGAAAGGCAGUUAAGUAAAGAGCUUGGGCAGAGCUUGGCCAUUACGAACCGACCAAAGAAUCGUCAUAGCACAUAAAGGUGGAUUUACACGAGCCGAUGUGUCGGCCCGAUUGUCGACAAGGGCAUUUACAGCACCGGUUUGUCGGCCCGAUUGUCGGCCAGGUAAUCUAAAAGCUGUGUUUUUCGUUUUUUUGAAGAGAAAAGUCUGGCCGACACCGAAAGAAGAUACACGAAAUCGGCAUUUGUGAAACAGCCUUUUGUUUAGUCAAUAUGUAAAAUGGUCUUGGAAUUGUUCGAAAAAAGGUUCGGCACCCAGGGCAAUUUUUAAGUCAAACAUAAUAUAAAAAUUAUGAUGAUAAGUAAAAGCGGUGUUCGCGACGCGUAAAGCACCCGUACGAGAGCGUACGAUAAUGAACUUCUAAGAUGUUGUGUAUUUUGACCGCCUUGUCUUCCUGUCUACCGGAGGCUCCAACCCAAGGAGUCGUGUUGAUGGCCCCUGGCAUUGAACGUUGGAUGCUAAGGAUAUAUGAAUAAUAAAAUUCUAUCGCUGAGUAUUAAAAUUGAUAAUUCCUGAUGAAGACAGCAUUGCCGAAACGUCGAAAAAAUAAUACUUGGUUAUAGAAAAAAAAAUUCGUAUAUUCUUACCAAGCCGCCAAAACAUGGUACUAUAUACAUGAGUAUAAUGUAUAUCGUGUAUAACGUAUUAUAACAAUUUCCAUUCAACAUAAGCCCUAAAUCAGUAUAAAUGUUAAGUUCCGGGCAAAUCAAAUACCAAAUAAAAAUAAAAAAAACAAAUACAAAUCAAAAAUCAUGUAACCAUUUUAUUUUAUGUAUAUUUCAGUAGCGAACUAAACCCCUGGAAUCACGGUAAAUUAAAACGAGUCCAUUCCAUGCAAAAGCAUAAAGAAUUAUAUGGAUGAUUGUUAUUUUUCCAUAAUCCAAAAUGGAACCAAAAUUUCAGUGACACACAAUCGGAUCUAGACUCUUAAAGAAAACUUUAUAAAAAGUAUUUUAUUCUAACGUGUGAUAGUCACGUCUUUUUUGAUUAAUUCAAUAAAAUUUUCAAUAAGAUUUUAAAAAGUCUCCCGCCGCUCGGCGGCGGCACGCUAAGCUAAGUAUCCCGUAGCUAAGUAGGAAGAAGCCGUGACGAUUCCUGGGUGCCCUGUUGGAGAUCCAUGUGCUAACGCCGGUCUGAAUUCUAUUCCCUUUUGUCUUAUUCGUUAGACCUUUUCCGAAGUUUUGAGAGAUGACAUUGUCUCUCAUAAAACAACAUGGGUCCACAACAUGUUAAUAAAUAACAACUAAACACAAUUUGUAAUAAGGUGUUGUUUUCCUUAGUGUUGAAAAAAUGAGCAAUAACCGAAUUAAACAAGUUAGAAAUUACGCCAA